AUGGCUCAUGAAGUGGCUGACCUCCCCAAUGGCCCGCUGGAUGUGUACAGGAAGAAAUCCUCUUUCAACUGGAAGGACAUGCUCUUCUUGGAGGGAGAGGAGAUCGUGGCAUUCAAGCACAAUUUGUGGAAGACACUUGAGGACGACCCCCUGUUUGCACGCCUUCCUGGUGAAGACGUCUCUUUGGAGAAAAUGAGAGAGCUGACCUUCCUGAGGGUGAAGCAGCUCUUUCGAUACAACUUCCUGACAGAAGAAGAGGCGAUGUCUAACCCCUGGAAGACUGUGGUUCUCAAUGAUUGUCUGGGCAUGUAUGACUGGGCCAUGGGGGCCAAGUACUUUCUCAACCAAGGGAUGUUUGGAAUGAAUGUUGCUGGCUCAGGAUCACAGAGACACAGUACAUUUGUUGAAAACACAAAAGACAUGACGACAUUUGGAUGCUUUGCACUGACGGAGCUGAGCCAUGGCAGCAACACCAGAGCCAUGAGGACCACAGCGACCUAUGACCCCUCCACUCAGGAGUUUGUGAUCAACUCUCCAGACUUUGAAGCUGCCAAGUUCUGGGUGGGGAAUCUUGGCAAGACGGCAACGCACGCUCUGGUGUACGCCCAGCUGUUCACACCGGACCAGGUGUGCCAAGGGCUGCACUCCUUCGUUGUGCAGGUGAGAAAUAUCAAGACCUUGCUCGCUCUGCCCGGCGUGGUGGUUGGAGAUAUGGGCAAGAAGCUGGGCCAGAACGGACUGGACAACGGGUUUGCUAUGUUUCAUAAUGUGAGGAUCCCUCGGGAGAAUCUACUGAAUAAGACUGGAGAUGUGACUCCAGAGGGCCGCUACGUUACGCCAUUCAAGGACCCCAACAAGCGUUUUGGGGAGUCUCUGGGGGCCCUGUCAGGGGGCAGGGUGACCAUCACCAGGAUGGCUCUGGUCAACCUGAAGCUAGCCCUGACUAUCGCCAUCCGCUUCUCAGCCACCCGCAGGCAGUUUGGACCCAAAGACACAGAGGAGAUCCCUGUUCUGGAGUACCAGUUACAGCAAUGGCGUCUGAUCCCCUUCCUGGCAGCAGCGUAUGCUCUUGAACACUUCACCAAAUCCAUCUUCAUGGACUUUGUUGAGUUCAGAAUUGGACAGGCAAUGAGGCUGAAGGAUGACAGACAAGCAGAGAUGGGCAGGGAGAUCCACGCCAUUGGCUGCUCCAGUAAACCCCUGGGCUCCUGGACCGCUGCCAGGGGGAUCCAGGAGUGCAGGGAGGCCUGCGGGGGACAUGGAUACCUGGCCAUGAACCGGCUGGGUGAUCUGCGUGAUGACAACGACCCAAACUGCACGUACGAAGGAGACAACAACGUGUUGCUGCAACAGACCAGCAACUACCUGCUCAGCUGGCUCUGUGCCAAACAGCGCGAUGGUGUGCGUAUUGAGUCUCCUCUUCACACUGUGGAUUUCCUGGAUGAUCUCCAAAACACCCUGCUAACCAAGUUCACAGCAAGAACCAUGGAGGAGUGCAUGGACUCUGCAGUGCCAUUGGCUGCCUAUAAGUGGCUGGUGUGUUUCCUGUUGGAGGAGAGCCAGAAGAAGCUGGAGCAGCAGAGGGUCAUGGGAAAAAAUGAUUUUGAGGCCCGUAACAACAGCCAGGUGUACUCCUCUCGUACCCUGGCGAUGGCCUACAUAGAACACAACUGCCUGCAGAGGUUCCAUGACCUGACCGUUGAUGAGGACACACCGGCUGAUCUCAGACCUGUUCUCAGCAAACUGUGUGCUCUGUACGGGCUGUGGAGUCUCAGCACACACAUGGCCAUACUUUACCAGGGUAACUAUCUGAGUGGAAGGAAGCCCGCAGAGUUGGUCCAAACGGCCAUUCUCACUCUCUGCUCCCAGCUGAAGGAUGAUGCAGUAUCGCUGGUGGAUGUUUUCGCCCCCACUGAUUUCAUUCUCAACUCACCUAUUGGCUACGCUGACGGACAGCUCUACAAGAACCUGUGGUCCACAGUGAUGCAGGGCAACCAGGUGAUGGAGCGGCCUUCAUGGUGGAAGGAGUUCUGCUCCGACAAGCCGGUGGUCGGGUCCCUCCGUCCAAAACUCUAGAACCCAGAAACAAUCACGACUACACGACGUGUCCGAAAGCUGAAAUACAGUGCGUGUGCCUUAAAAGAAUUCCAACUGUGCACUUUGAAAUGUAAUGUCCCUGUGGACUAAUGUUUUGCCAGAACCCUACAGUGCAACACUGCACCUCAGUUAAGGUGAAAUGAUGAUUCAUUGACGUAAAUCUCAUAUACAUAGUAUCUUACCACAUGAUUUUCCUACUAAUACAUUAUUAAUGGUAUAUUUUUAAAAUGAUUAUUGAGGAAAAGAUAUGCAAGAAGAUAUCCUUCUGGGUUCCAGUU